CGCCAGCCCCUCCGCGGGCCCGGGCAGCUCCUGAGCCGCGCCCCCCCCCCGAAGCAGCCCCUGCGCAUCCCUGCAUCUUCGCUUGCUGGACCAGGAGAGGUGGCCGCUGCAGGGUUACCAGCUGUGCCUGAUGCCAGCCCAUCCUCCGGCUGUCUCUCUGCCUUGGCUGCCAGGGUGUGCCACCUCCAGGCCUUCCUCUCCUCUCCCUUAGCCAGCAAUGACUUUGUGGAACUGGCCUUCUGUCCUACCACGCUUCCGACUUUCCUGCUGCCCGAAUCCCGCGUCUCUGUUGGCCAAUCGAUCUACACCAUGACAGGGUCCCGGCAGCUGGUUCCCGGCGGAGGAGGGCUGCACGAGAGGUUGUGUGGCUUGGGUUGAAGGAUGGCCUCUCUGGACCUGCCUUACCGCUGUCCGCGCUGCGGGGAACACAAGCGUUUCCGGAGCCUGUCUUCUCUAAGGGCUCACUUGGAGUACAAUCACACCUAUGAAACUCUCUACGUCUUGUCUAAGACAAACAGCAUCUGCGAUGCCACCAUCUUCCCCCUGCCGACCGAUGCCAGCCUCUUGAGUCCAGCAACCCGCCGGGACAUCUUUGAAAGCACUUCCUUCCAGGGUAAAGAGCAGCACCUCACUUGCGACCUCCUAACGGCCGAAGAGCUGGAGUCGUCCUCGUCUACUGCGUCAUCCCGCUACUUCCACGAGAUCGAGAUCCCGCUGUCGGAGAUCUUCACCCGCAAAGCCAUGACUUCCUCCGCUACGCCUCCGGCAGCUGCUGCCACCGCCGCGGCGACUGUCGCGGCGGUGGACGCAGCUUAUGAAGAAGGUUUGACCCGUUUGAAGAUCCGGGCUUUUGAGAAGCUGGAAGUAGACAAACGUUUGGAGAAGUUCACCGAAGAAGUGGAGCAGAAGAUCGCCUCCCAAGUGGGGCGUCUGCAGGUGGAAUUGGAUCGCAAGACCACUGAACUGGAGAAAGCCAAGCAAGAGAGCCUCAAACUCAGCCGCGAGAAACAAGAACUGGAAGACCGGGCGGUAGAGCUGUCCCGCCAGGUGGACGUCAGCGUGGAGAUGUUGGCAUCCCUCAAGCAAGACCUUGUCCUGAAGGAGCAGGAAUUGACCCGCAAGCAACAGGAGGUCAUCCAGAUUGACCAGUUCUUGAAGGAGACGGCCGUCCGCGAAGCCAACGCCAAAGUGCGCCUUCAGCAGUUCAUUGAGGAGCUCCUGGACCGAGCAGACCGAGCCGAGAAGCAGCUUCAGAUCAUCAGCAGCAGUUGUGGAACUACUCCGAAUUGUAGUUUGGGAAGAUGUAGUAUGCCGGGAUCCAAAAACACCAACCGAGGUGUAGCUAAUGAAGCCAAGAGUGAGAGAGACAAGCAUUCGAUGGCUGACACAACGCCGCACAGCUCUUACGCCGUUUCCAAUCAGAGGUCAUCGUCCAGCACCGGGGCCUCCAGCUGCGCCAAGGCGAUCUCCCAGAGUUCGGGGUGCUAUGACAGCGACAGUCCUGAAGCCUAUCAUGGGGGCGAGAACAGCAAUGGGCCAUCCUACCAGUCUCGAGGCUCAGAGAGCGGCUUCGACCGGCCCGCCGGUGUGCGCAGCUCGGCUUUGCGCAGACAGGCCAUUCAAAAUUGGCACCGCCGGCCGUACCGGAACAGCACCGAGGGCGAAGAAGGAGACAUCUCUGAUAUCGGAUCCCGGACCACCGAGUCGGAGGCGGAAAUGUGGGAGCUGGAACCCAGGGUGCCCACUGAGGUCCAGCAGGUGAAUUUCUCCAGGCCAGGACACAAUUCCAGGAUGGCAGCCAGGUCCGAUGCUGGAAAAGCGGCCCGGCCGGAGAGGGGAAGCGCCUCCCGUUCCAACGAGGUCAUCAGCCCGGAAAUCCUGAAGAUGCGGGCUGCCCUCUUCUGCAUCUUCACGUACCUCGACACCAAGACCUUGCUCAGGGCCGCGGAAGUCUGCAAGGACUGGAAAUUUGUGGCACGACACCCCGCAGUGUGGACUAGGGUAUUGCUGGAAAAUGCCAGAGUCUCCUCAAAGUUCCUGGUCAUGUUGUCACAAUGGUGCACCCAGACCCACUCUCUCACCCUCCAAAAUCUCAAGCCCAGGCAAAGGGGGAAGAAGGAGACGAAGGAGGAUUACAUGAAAAGCACACGGGGAUGCCUCGAAGCAGGACUGGAGUCCUUACUCAAAGCCUCCGGGAGUAACCUCUUGAUCCUACGGGUUUCCCACUGCCCCAACAUUUUGACGGAUCGUUCUCUCUGGCUGGCCAGCUGCUACUGCCGAGCUCUCCAAGCCGUCACCUAUCGGAGCUCCACCGAUCCUGUGGGCCAUGAAGUCAUCUGGGCCUUGGGAGCAGGUUGUCGAGAUAUCAUCUCUCUGCAGGUGGCACCCCUCCAUCCUUGCCAGCAACCCACCAGGUUUAGUAACCGUUGUCUGCAGAUGAUUGGGCGUUGCUGGCCACACUUGAGAGCCCUGGGCGUCGGAGGAGCCGGCUGCGGCCUGCAAGGACUGGCUUCCUUAGCCCGGAACUGCAUGCGUCUUCAAGUGCUGGAGCUGGACCACGUGACGGAGGUCAACCAAGAGGUGGCGGCCGAGGUGUGUCGGGAAGGCUUAAAAGGCCUGGAGAUGCUGGUUCUGACGUCUACCCCAGUCACCCCGAAAGCCUUACUGCAUUUCAACAGUGUUUGCCGGAACCUGAAAUCCAUCGUGGUCCAAGUUGGGAUUGUCGAUUACUUUAAGGAACCAAAUAGUUCGGAGGCCAAGAAAAUGUUUGAUGAAAUGAUCAACAAACUCCAGGCUUUGAAGAAGAGGCCGGGCUUCUCAAAGAUUUUACACAUUAAGGUGGAAUCCGGUUGCUAACCUUGGCGAGGGACAAGCCCGACCGACCGUCGCUUGCAUCUCCUGACCGCCCGUUUUGAAAGACUGUCUGGGAUACCCACCAGCAGCCAUGCCGGCUUCAGUUGCUCCUGAACUGGCAAUCUUGGAAGGCCAUCAAGCCCAGCUGAUGCCUCCUCAUUUUGGAGCAGGUCUUGAGUUCCGGAAGAGAUGGGCUCCUUCUCGUGGCGGGAGGACCCGAGGAACAUCAGAGGUGACGGUGCUACCAAAACUCACCCGAGACUGCGAAGAAGAUCCGUCCUCCCGCCGUCGUCUCCCCCCGUUUUUCUCGCUCGCUCGCUCCUCUGGCAGAGGCAGCUGCGCAACCAUCUGCCUCCAACCGCCGCAUCGUUUUCGUUGUCCUCUCUCGCCUAAAUUUGGGGUGAUUUUCUGCAGGAAGGCCGAGAACUCACUCACCAGGCCGGGAUCGUGCAGAAAAAGAGGUUUUGCAGUUCCUUGCUGGGCCCUCCUGCACUGACGGGUAACCGUAGUUUCCUGCUGCCCCCAAAUUCAAAACUCAGCCACACUGCUGGCCUCUGUCCUUUUGCUUGCUAUUCUAUUUUCUUUUUUACCAACCGGCAUUUAUUUUGGAUUUUUUUUUCCUAUUUUUUAAGGAUGGAUGAGCUUCUACGGUGUAAAGGAACACGGAUCUUUGUCAUUGUUUUAUUUUGAAAGGAUAAAGCAGCAUUCAGCAAGAAUUUCUCCACUCAAAACAUCUGGACAGGUCGAAUAUCGCUCUCCGCAGCGUGGAAAUGUUACGGAAUACAGCUUAACGGAAUCCACAUUUUUUGUCGGUCUCCAAAGUGAACAUUCGCAAAUGCACGUCCACUCUUUUCUGAGCCAGGAUGCUUAACCCCCUCAUCUUGCCCGGGGUGUAAAAAAAGCAUUUUGCCAGCGUUCGGGUGGCCUUGUUUUUUCUAUCAGUCUCUUCAUCUUUUCUGAUAGACUGUAAUAAAUUGGUUCCUCUCCUGGAUGGCAGCUCCAGCAAGGAACCCCUGAAAUUUAAGAUGGGGGCUGGAGGGGGGUGAGAAAAAAAAAAUGGCCUGCUCGGAUGUAGGCAUCUUUCUCGAGUUAGGCUGGCUUUGUAAAAGGGACACCAGAUCCACCAAGUUUCCAUUUUUAUUUUUAGAGCUCUGUAAAUUUCUCCUGGACAAACCUUAGCUUGGAUCUGCUGGUUUCUGCCAACCGAGUAACGGAGUUGGAAGGGACCUUGGAGGUCUUCUAGUCCAACCUUUGGGAGAUAUCGGCGAUCAAGGAGGGUGGAAUCGCUUCCCUCCCGUUUCAUUUUUUACAACAUCGCUUUGAUUUCUUGAAGAAAAGCGAGUUUGAAACUCAACAGGCUGGUUUGGUCUCACAAGAAAAAGCUUGCAAAAAGCCAACUAUCAGCUGUCAAGGAUGGGGAAGCUGACUUCUGGAAGGUGGUAGCUUCUACUCGGGAGUAGCAGAACUUGCCUGGUGGAGCUUGGUUUAGAAGUUUGGAACGGAAGCUUUGGCUCUAAAUUUAUCCUUUUAUGAAGAGCCAUUUUGGGGGGAAGGCUUAAAGGCAUCAAAAUCUGGUCUUCGAAGAACUCUUUUCCCAACCAAACUCCAGAAUUGGGUCCAAAAGUCCAGCUGUGCCAAGACAUCUCAGGACUCUUGAAGACCAAGGAAAACAUCUGAUCUGUGGGACAUCUACUCAUUACACCCAGAGCCUUGUCAAAAAGAGAGUUGGGCUGCCCUCUUCGAGCACAACUCACAACUUCCAAGAAACAACUGGUGCCAACUCUUUUUCAAAGCCAGAGCUGGUGUCGUCUAAACUUUCUGCAGCCAGAAUAAAUGAUGCCAAGAAAAUUGGAUUCUCAAGGCCGGGAGCUGAUAGGAGAGCUUCGUGGCAUCUUGUCUUUCGGGAGUGACACACACACACACACCACAAAAAGACACAGCUGUGCCCACAAAUGCUCCGAGCCACAUUGGACCCUUUGAAUCUGGAUGGUUACCCAAGACCAAGAUUAGAGAAUUGAAGGUGAGAUGCCCUGUGCCAAGGGCAUCCACAAAGGGUCCUAAAAAAAAAAAUCAAGAUGAUGAUUGUCAUUGCCCCAUCAAAGCCUUCUCCAUGGGCACCACACCCACCCCAAAAAGGCAGGGCUUUGCUGGUACAGCUGCCAUCUUGACUUUUCUUAUACCCCUCCUAAGGUCUACUUUCAGGAGCCAGCUCUAAAUUGGUAUAGAAAUCUCAUUUUCACUGGUUGCCCUGUAAAUAAUCUCCCCAUUCAAGGGGAAAAAAAAUGGUGGGUUUUUUUUUUGCUUGUUCCAUUAAACAGGUGAGACCGGUUAGCGUCCAAAACGAUAAAGGCGUCGUAGGAGACACGUUUGACGCCAACAGAGCUUCAAGUCCAGGCAUCUUUGGACCGCAGGCCUCAAGUUGUUGAAAUGUCAUUCCCUCUUCUCAAAGGACCGUGGGAUACAGGGUUGGUUUGGACCAGAAGCUCAGCAUCCUGGCCAAACAAAAAUUUUCUCAGGUGUCUUUGCAAGGAAGCGAUGACUGGCCUAAAACUUCAGGUCCGUCUGGAGAGGGGAAACGGUGAGGGCCCAGGCCCACUAUUUUUGAGGGUUUAAGAGGAGCUUCAGACAGGAAAGAGAGACCCCCCCCCAUCACCACCACCACCGGCUGCAAAUCAAGAGUUGGGAAUUUUUAAGUCCAGAUGCAGGUCAUCUUUUCUGGACCCCAAGACAGGUCGGGCUGCCCAAUUGGUCAUCGGUUAAAGUGCUAGGGAGUAGACCAAUCAGGAUGCCCAGGUCUUGCAUGCAUGAGACACACUCAGAAAACCAGGGGAAGGAAGGGCAUCUCAAGAUGUCUUGAGUAAUCUUCCAAGCGUUUGUGUCAGAUGAUACCGCAAGCUCCAGAUCUGAGCUGCAAGUCUUGAUCUGCCCACAAGGAGGGCAGCAGAGAAUGCAAUUAUUCUGCACCGUUUUGUUUUUGCUGCCCUCUAGUGGUAAGUCGCAUCAGUAUGCAUGGAGGCUGUCACAUCUCACAGCCUGGAUCGUCAGCGUAAUAGCUGCUGAGGUUCCUCUUGCAAGGAGGGGUGUGGGUCAGCCCUGCAAUAGGCCACAGCUGGACUGGGUGGGUUCGGUAUGGUUUUGAAAGUGAGUACAGCCUCCUAGGAUAGGCAUAGUCUUGACUACACGCCUGGAAAUGGGAUGGAAAGAAUUUAGGUUGGAGAAAUAGCCAAGGAGGAACUGGCCAUGUCAGAUUGCAGGAGGAAGUCCUUUCGAUUGUUAUUUUUUUUAUAAAAAAAAAAGGGGCAAUUGCAAAAUUUGUAUAUCUGGAAGAGGAGGGGGAAAAAAACCCGGGAGGAUUUGCACCCAGAUCAGUCUCUCCGUCAAACCAGCCUGAGGAAGUUAUCAAGAUCUCCUGUUUUAGAGGGAUUUUUUAUUAUUAUUUUUAUUUUUGCCCAAAAGAAAAAUUAAGAAUAGGUUAGCUCACAAUUUCCCAAGCUUGGCAAUUUUAAGAUCAGCUGGACUUCAACUCCCAGAGUUGGACUUCAGAUCAGUGGACUUCAACUCCCAGAAUUCCCCAGCCAGCCAUGUUGGCUGGGGAAUUCUGGGAGUUGAAGUCCAUGCAUCUUAAAAGUUGCUGGGCUUUCUAUUCCCAAUUGCAUAAUUUAUUCAACCUGUGGCAGGUUUUUCUUUUGGAAAUAAGGAUUGCAAGCUUUGGAUGAUUGUUUUAAUUUUAGGCCUGGCUCAAUGGAGGGGAUUUGAGAUUUUUAGGGGAAAACCCUAGACCCAACCCCAAAACCUGUCCUGUAUCAAAAUGUGUUGAUUUACUAAGUUUGAAGUUUUCCAGCCAGGAUUCCACAAACGAAUUCGGCACUUUGCAGAUUUAUAGAGUAAUAAUUAGCAUAAUUAGCAUUUAAAAUGAGUGGACUUCAACUCCCAGAAUUCCCCAGCCAGGCUGGCUGGCUAGGGAAUUCUGGGAGUUGAAGUCCACCCAUUUAAAGUGACCACAAUUGAAAAACACUAUUCUAAAACCUUUCUGAGUUGCUUUCAUAAUUCUAAUUGCAAGCUUUUAAAAGAGACUACGGUUUUUUAUCUCUGGAAUGUCAGGUUUGAAUAAAGUUAAGUAUCCAUAGCUUGUCCGCUAAAGCUAAGCCAGGAUACAAAUUUCCAUACUCGAGGCACAAUUUUGGAGUCACUGAAUUGUGCUAGCAGAGAUUUGGAGAUACUUAUCUGGCUGAAACUGCUCUGUUGAGCCCAUACAGGUAGUCCUCGACUUACGACAGUUCAUUUAGUGACCGUCCAAAGGUCGUAAAAUGGGGCAAAAUUGGCUGAACAACGGUCUCACUUAGCAACAGAACAUUUGGACUGAAUUGCGGUCGUAAGUCGAGGACUACCUAUACUUGAUGGCAAACCGACUUUGGUGGCCAAAUAAUAUGAAUAAUAUUUCCCCUUGGAUUUUUUUUUCAGUGCAUUUAUUCAGCCGUCCUCGAUCGGCUGCCUCCCAAACCUUUUGGGCUUCACCUCCCAUCAUCCCCAAGCUCUCCUUUCACCGUGCUGCCUGGAGGAUUCUGGGAGUUGAAGUCCAGAUGGGGGUCGGAGGGGGUGUAAGCCAGCUUUCUUUGCAGAACCAGAAAAUCAGCAGAAAACUCGCAGAAUCGGCUCCAGAGGCGAAGUGAAACUUUGGUUGCAGAGCUGCCCAAAAUCCUUUUUUUCAUUUUUAUUUUUAUUUUUUUUUUCGCAGCCCUCAUCGGCGUCAAAACUCUUUAAAAUUAGUUGCGGGAAAGAAAUAUUUUUGUACCUUCUUUUUGCAAACUUGCACACGCUUCGACUUUCUUCUGUUGUGGAGGGUGGGGAGCACAACGGCCGACGUUCUCCGAAGCUUCUGGGGUGGGAGACGGAUUAGAAAGGAGGCCACACGCCAGCUGCAGAAUUCACCGUGGACCGAGAUGCAAAACGGUGCUGGAAUGAGAACUCAAAAUACAAGCCACCUUCCAGUUUGCACAAGAGGUAGCCACUUUGUUGGACUACAGAAAGUUUUGGUGACCUGAGCCAACGAUCCUGCAGGCUGCAACGGCUGAAGAGUCAAGGAUGCCUCAAAACCAGCAAAAAAAAAAAAAGGGUUAAAUUCAGAGUGCAAAAAGAUAUAUAUAUAUAUAGAUAUAUAUAGAUAUUAACAAGGAGCAGGGAGACGGGAAAGCCAUCCUCCUGAAGUUUCACGUUUUUGAUAUUUGCCAACGAAACCCAUCACCGCGAGCUGAACUUUGGGAGCCGGAGGACCGAAAACUCCAAAACCAAAACUUUCCGCGCGAGAAAGCGAGUUUUCAUCCUUUUCCCCCCGAAGGCGUUUCGAAGCAGCAGACCAAGGAGAGGUUUUCCGAAAACUUAUUUAUUCAAGCAUGUGUCUAAAAGCUCUGUCCUUAGUGAGUGAGGCGUUUCCUUUUAAAGGGGGAAGAAGAUCG